AUGGCAAUGCAAUGCAAUGCAAAUGCAAUGCAAAUGCAAUGCAAAUGCAAUGCAAAUGCAAUGCAAAUGCAAUGCAAAUGCAAUGCAAAUGCAAUGCAAAUGCAAUGCAAAAGCAAUGCAAAUGCAAUGCAAAUGCAAUGCAAAUGCAAUGCAAAUGCAAUGCAAAUGCAAUGCAAAUGCAAUGCAAAUGCAAUGCAAAUGCAAUGCAAAUGCAAUGCAAAUGCAAUGCAAAUGCAAUGCAAAUGCAAUGCAAAUGCAAUGCAAAUGCAAUGCAAAUGCAAUGCAAAUGCAAUGCAAAUGCAAUGCAAAUGCAAUGCAAAUGCAAUGCAAAUGCAAUGCAAAUGCAAUGCAAAUGCAAUGCAAAUGCAAUGCAAAUGCAAUGCAAAUGCAAUGCAAAUGCAAUGCAAAUGCAAUGCAAAUGCAAAUGCAAUGCAAAUGCAAUGCAAAUGCAAUGCAAAUGCAAUGCAAAUGCAAUGCAAAUGCAAUGCAAAUGCAAUGCAAAUGCAAUGCAAAUGCAAUGCAAAUGCAAUGCAAAUGCAAUGCAAAUGCAAUGCAAAUGCAAUGCAAAUGCAAUGCAAAUGCAAUGCAAAUGCAAUGCAAAUGCAAUGCAAAUGCAAUGCAAAUGCAAUGCAAAUGCAAUGCAAAUGCAAUGCAAAUGCAAUGCAAAUGCAAUGCAAAUGCAAUGCAAAUGCAAUGCAAAUGCAAUGCAAAUGCAAUGCAAAUGCAAUGCAAAUGCAAUGCAAAUGCAAUGCAAAUGCAAUGCAAAUGCAAUGCAAAUGCAAUGCAAAUGCAAUGGAAAUGCGAUGCUGCUGUUGCUGCAAGCGUAACGGUAACCAAAGGCUACGUAAACGCUUACCCUGCUACAGAAAUUCCUAUGCUUGCUUACUUAAGUGGAGUAUAAAAAAGGCAUUUACAAGGCAGAAAGAUCAGUUGUAA